CACCAGCAUGCGGGGGGGCGGCUCCUUCAGAGUCCACACUCGAAUCGACGUCUCCGAACUCAUCACGCUCUGAGGACAACCUCAGGUGGUAUGACUUGACUGAGCUACGUAUGACAACAUUGCGCGAAAAAUGUCGACGCUUACUCCCUCCGUCCUCAUAUAUGAAUGAACCGUUGUCCAAACAUACCGUACCGGUUCUGAAUCUACACAAUCGCUGACCUUGCAGACUACUCUUUUUUCCCCUCGCAGUCAUGUCGACCGCCACGAGUGUAGGGCUUCGUCCUAGCCUUGCCCUCACCAUCCCUCUGAUCUCCUCCUCCUUGACCGUCUUUUACGCCAUCGUCGAACCCACCAUCUUCCUACCGUUCAUCAAUGCCGCCAAGGUGGACGCCCCGGCGGCCAACAAGACCGUUCGUCUUUGGUGGAAGGACUUUCUACCUGCGGGACUCGUCACCGUCUUCACCAUCGGCCUCACGGGCGUGGCGGGCGGGAUAAACGCGGCCACGCACUUCCCACACUACAGCCUGCCGAGGAAGCUCUGCUUUGCCGGGGCCGCCUUUUCCGCCGGACAUUUUGCCUACGGUUACCACAUUUCACAAGUCAUCAAGUCCAUCUGCGACGAGGAGGAAGAGAAAAAGGGCCGCAGCAUGGAGUACGUCAAGAAGUGGCUCCGGGUGCACUUGCAGAGAACACUGCUCACAGAUCUGCCCGCCUUGGUUUGCUUUGCGUGGGUGGCUUUUGGACCUCGGGGAUGAGUUGUGAGGAAUCAACACCCGGGGACUCGCUCCUUUGUGACCGGAGUACUCCUCGAGCCUAUCAUCAUAAAAUAGCGAAUUUUAUCGUAUAAAAGAGAAGGGAAAAAGAGGCUGGCUUUCAUUUUAGGUAACUACCCAUGUACAACACAUUUAUCUCCCCCGUGUUGUACCAGGUCCCAGCAAGCUUGUGUUGGUGUUGAACCUGGCGGAUGCUCCAUGUACAAAAGAAAACCCAUGCCAAUCAAGCCACCCCUUUCCUCGAUGAACACCAAGAGCCACAAGUAGCAACAACAUCAACAACACCAACAACACACCCCUUUCAACCCCUUUUGUUGUUGCUGCUCACUUUGUGACCGAGACAGACUCCAGAUCCAACUUGGCAUAGAUCGGUCGACCCUUGGCCCCUCGUCGAACCACCUUUGUUGCUUGCACCGCACCACCCAUUUUGGCGUCGCUCACCCCUUCACUAUUUCCAGCACCAACACGGCCACCACCCUCCUUGAGCCCCUUGUUCGCGGCGGUCUUGACAGGCUUCUUUUUGUUGUUGCUAUUGUUCUUCUUUCGUUCCAGAGACGCCGGACUCAACUCGCCUCGUGCCUUUUUCGCGUUCAAGAUGUCGUCGACCGCCUUGUUGAAACUCGGCACUUCCUCCCUCAAGGUGCGGUAGGAUCCCUUGGCCUUGAGGGUGCCGGUCCCGAAGCGAAUUGCAAUAUGCUCGGCUAGAAAUCUCUUCAUCUCGGCGUCCGGUGGACUAGCCAUCCAGAGCAUGCGGACGUCCUCGGAAUGGAUUUGAUUGUUGGCCAUGGUCUCCAUGCGCUUGCCGAGGAUGCUUUCGAGGUACUCACAACCGACGAUCGAGGCGCAGGAUCGGGCAUAGUACAGGUAGGCAAAGGCCUUGAAGCGAGGGUUGGAGAAGGUCUUGAGUCCCUUGCCGUCGCAGCAAGACACCAUCCAGGCGAGGACAUGCUUGUGGAUGACCAUGUUUCCUCCGACGAUGGUGAUGGUCUUUUUGGGUGGAACCAAGUUGAGGAGGUCCUGGGUUUUGGUCUUGUUGAUAGGACGGUGACGGUUUCGCCAUACUUGAGGCUAAUUACACACAAAAAUGUGGUCAGCAAACGUGGUCAUGAUAGAAGCAUGAUUGAGAUGGUUCUCGAUCUACUUACUCUCUGAGCUUUGAAGGGGACAAUGAGGUGAUUGAUUGGGACAUUGUUGGGCUGUUUUUGUUCUUGGGAAACAGUCUAAAUGUCGUUCUUGAGGUGCGGAAAGCUGUCUGUCUGUCAAGAUCCAAUGAAGGUGGAAAAGUCCGGUCACAAAGAACAAGUUUGCAAGAUGAUGAGUAUGAACUUGUGAGACUUGUGUGAUGAUGGAAGGGAGACAGAGAGAUGGAAGAGAUGUGAUGGAACAGUAUUGGCAAGGAUGAUUCUCGCACUACUUUGGACUUCUGUUUGUGAUGAAAGGUAUACAACGAGACAAGAGUUGGAAGGGGAAAGGAAAAGAAGAAGAUUUUUAUAUUCUGUUUGACCCCGAGUCUGAGCCCUGUGAAGUGAAGUGGUUCUGAUUCAGGUAUCAAGAGACGAUUGUUCAAGGCUUGACACUUGUUGGAGAGGGCAUGUCACCCGUUAAUUCAGGCAGGUACAAUCGUUUGUAGGGGAGGUAGAUACAAUACAACAAGACCAAACAAAUGAAAGAGAAGUCAUGCGUGAAUACUCCUUGAUUGAGUUAUUCAGUCUGCAUACAAUAGCACACGUUUUGUGGUGGUGAUGGUGGUGGUGGCGGCGAAGGGACAAGGCUAGAAGGUGAAGAGCGGAGAAGUCAUUUAGGGUGAUUCGUGAUUUGUGGUUCUCUAUUGAUGGUGAAUAUGAAUUGCUCUUAUUGUCGUCGUUGGUGCCGUGAAUCAUGAACAUGAAGCGCAAGGAGAAUAAGCGGGUGAGAGUUGAAUAGGUAGGGCCGAUCUGAAAAUCGACUAUUUUAUACGUCCACGGCAAACAUGAAGAAGAGGAUGGAGAAUGUGUACGACUACGAGUAUAUGGUAUAUUUUUGUUAUUACAUCCUGUAG